AUAGUUUAUAUUGGUGGGAGAGAGAAAAGUAAACGCAAAAGUAUGACGUAGGUUAUUCAUUUGAUGGCCUGCUUAUUUUAUUAGUUCUAAAAAAAUAUUAGAAACACAAAAAUAAUAAUAAUAAAAAUACGUCAAGUGUUGUUGGCACUUUGAAGCCUAAUUUUAUUUAAAAAAAAUAUACACAGUUAAAUAUUUAAUGUUAAUAUUGAAGGAACUUGGAAGUGUUAUUAACCAACAAGAAAAAAUAAAAAAACAUUCUCUCUCAAAACAGAUAAAUUAUCAAGACCAUAAUUUAUUGGAUUGGCAGAUUAAUCAGUGUUUUCUUGGCAAAUGAAAAAAAAAAAAAAAAACAACAACUAAAUAUCAAAGAGUUAAAGAAUAAUAAUAGACAUCAAGAUGAGUGUUGAUGCAUAUGGACCAAGUAGUCAAACAUUGACAUUUUUAGACACUGAAGAAGCUGAUUUAAUUGGAGCUGAUACACAAGGAAGUGAAUUUGAUUUUACUGAUUUUACAUUACCAUCACCAAGUCAAACACAAGCAUCUCAACAUGAACCAGCACAAAGUCAACAAAGUCAAUCUGUUCAGAUAAAUGGUACAAAUGGAACAUCAUCAUCAUCAUCAGCAUUGGACUUGAAAAUAUCUGGUGCUGCACAAAAUCUUGCUGAAUUACAAUUUGAAGAAGAAGAAGAGGAAGCAUUUUAUAAUCGUGAUUUACCUGAGCAUGCAUGUAAAUAUUGUGGUAUACAUGAAGCAUCAUGUGUUGUUAUGUGUAACAUAUGCAGAAAAUGGUUUUGUAAUGGACGUGGUAAUACAUCAGGUUCACAUAUUAUAAAUCAUUUAGUACGAGCUAAACAUAAGGAAGUUACAUUACACAGAGAUGGACCACUUGGUGAAACAGUACUUGAAUGUUAUUCAUGUGCUGUUAGAAAUGUAUUUGUACUUGGUUUUAUACCAGCAAAAGCUGAUUCAGUUGUUGUAUUAUUAUGUCGUCAACCAUGUGCAGCACAAAGUUCCUUGAAAGAUAUGAAUUGGGAUCAAGAACAAUGGAAACCAUUAAUUGAAGAUCGUAGUUUUUUAGCUUGGCUUGUUAAAAUACCAUCUGAACAAGAACAAUUACGUGCACGUCAAAUAUCAGCACAACAAAUAAAUAAACUUGAAGAAUUAUGGCGUGAUAAUGUUGAUGCAACAUUUCAAGAUUUAGAAAAACCAGGUGUUGAUGAAGAACCACAACAAGUAUUAUUACGUUAUGAAGAUGGUUAUCAAUAUCAAAAUAUAUUUGGUCCAUUAGUUAAACUUGAGGCUGAUUAUGAUAAACGUUUAAAAGAAUCACAAACACAAGAAAAUAUUGAAGUACGUUGGGAUGUUGGUUUAAAUAAAAAAACAAUAGCAUAUUUUUUAUUAGCUAAAACAGAUGGUGAUAUGAAAUUAAUGCAUGGUGAUGAAUUAAGAUUACGUUAUCUUGGUGAGCUACAUAAACCAUGGAUUGGUCUUGGUCAUGUUAUUAAAAUACCAGAUAAUUAUGGUGAAGAAGUUGGUAUUGAAUUAAAAAAUAGUACUGGUGCACCAACUGAAUGUAUUAGUAAUUUUGUUGUUGAUUUUAUAUGGAAAAGUACAUCAUUUGAUCGUAUGCAAUUAGCAUUACGUAAAUUUGCUGUUGAUGAUUCAUCAGUAUCAGCAUAUAUAUAUCAUCGUUUACUUGGUCAUGAAGUUGAAGAAGUAUUAUUUCGUUGUCAUUUACCAAAACAUUUUAGUGCACCAAAUUUACCAGAUUUAAAUCGUUCACAAGUAUAUGCUGUUAAACAUGCAAUACAACGUCCAUUAUCAUUAAUACAAGGACCACCUGGUACUGGUAAAACAGUUACAAGUGCAACAAUUGUUUAUCAACUUGUUAAACAAAAUGGUGGUCCAGUAUUAGUAUGUGCACCAUCAAAUACAGCUGUUGAUCAAUUAACUGAAAAAAUACAUAAAUCAAAUUUAAAAGUUGUACGUUUAUGUGCUAAAUCACGUGAAGCUAUUGAUUCACCAGUUAGUUUUUUGGCAUUACAUAAUCAAAUUAAAAAUAUGGAAACAAAUAAUGAAUUACAAAAAUUACAACAAUUAAAAGAUGAAACUGGUGAGCUAUCAUCAGCUGAUGAAAAAAGAUAUAGAUUGUUAAAAAAAUCAGCUGAAAAAGAAUUACUUGAAGCUGCUGAUGUAAUAUGUUGUACAUGUGUUGGUGCUGGUGAUCCACGUCUUCAUCGUAUUAAAUUUCAUUCAAUAUUAAUUGAUGAAAGUAUGCAAGCAACUGAACCAGAAUGUAUGGUACCAGUUGUACUUGGUGCUAAACAGUUAAUUUUAGUUGGUGAUCAUUGUCAAUUAGGACCAGUUGUUAUGUGUAAAAAAGCAGCACGUGCUGGUUUAUCACAAUCAUUAUUUGAACGUUUAGUUGUACUUGGUAUACGUCCAUUUCGUCUUGAGGUACAAUAUCGUAUGCAUCCAGAUUUAUCACGUUUUCCAUCAAAUUUUUUUUAUGAAGGUUCAUUACAAAAUGGUGUAUGUGCUGAUGAAAGAAAAUUAAUUAAAAUUGAUUUUCCAUGGCCAGUACAAGAUAAACCAAUGUUUUUUUAUGUUACACAAGGACAAGAAGAAAUUGCUGGUAGUGGUACAUCAUAUUUAAAUCGUACUGAAGCAUCAAAUGUUGAAAAAAUAACAACAAGAUUUUUACGUUGUGGUGUUAAACCAGAACAAAUUGGUGUUAUAACACCAUAUGAAGGACAACGUGCAUAUCUUGUACAAUAUAUGCAAUAUCAAGGUUCAUUACAUUCAAAGCUAUAUCAAGAAAUUGAAGUUGCUAGUGUUGAUGCAUUUCAAGGACGUGAAAAAGAUAUUAUUAUUAUGUCAUGUGUUAGAUCAAAUGAACAUCAAGGUAUUGGAUUUUUAAAUGAUCCAAGAAGAUUAAAUGUUGCAUUAACAAGAUCAAAAUAUGGUCUUAUUAUUGUUGGUAAUCCAAAAGUAUUAUCAAAACAACCAUUAUGGAAUCAUUUAUUAAGUUAUUAUAAAGAACAAAAAGUACUUGUUGAAGGACCAUUAAAUAAUUUAAAAGAAUCAAUGAUACAAUUUGCUAAACCUAAAAAAUUAAUUAAUUCAGCAAAUCCAGGUUCACAUUUUAUGUCAACAUCAAUGUAUGAUGCACGUGAAGCAAUGAUACCUGGUUCAAUAUAUGAUAGAUCUGGUGGUGUUGGUGGUGGUGGUCAAUUAAAUGGUAUUGGUGGUAAUGCUGCUACUGUUGCUGCUGUUAAUGCAGCAGCUAUGAAUAAUCAUAAUCAAUUACAUCAAAAUCAAAAUAAUAAUAAUCCAUAUUAUCAAAGACAUGUACAACUUGAUAUGUUUAGUCGUACACAUGAUACUAUCAGUUAUAUUAGUCCAGAACGUGCACAAGCUGCUAUUAAUAAUGUACCAGUACCAGUUGGUAUGUUUAUGAAUAUGGCACAUGUACCACCACGUUUUUAUAAUCAACAUCAACAAGCUGUACAAUCACGUCAAACAAAUCCCCGAAUUAACAAUAAUAAUAAUCACAAUAAUUAUAAUACAAAUAAUAAUAAUCGUCGUGGUGGUAUUAUUAAUUCAAUGAAAACAAAUAAAAAUAAAUUUGGUAAAUUAAAUCAACAUCAACAACAUCAACAGCAACAGCAACAACAACAACAAAAUGAUCAUAUAAAUACACAACCAUUUUCACAACCAGGAUUACCAUUAACACAAGGCACAACACAAGGUAUGUCACAACCUGGUGGUUUUAGUUUAUCACAACCAGGUUUAAGUCAAGCUGAAUUAUCACAAGAUUCAUUUGUCGUUGGUGAUUUUCAAUCACAAAUGGAUGGUUUAUUAUCACAAGAUUCAACUUAUCAAGGUGAUAGAAGUGGAUUCUAUCAAGGUGGACAAUCACAACAAGGUGGACAAUUUUCUCAACCAUACUGAGAUUUUAUUUAAUACAAUGCUUAUUAAGGCAUAUGCCAUAAGAUUGCGGGAGCAAUCGUAAAGGGCUUUUGACACAAUCUAUUUAAAAAAAAAAAGAAAAAAAAACAUACAAAAAUUUAAAAAAAAGAAAAAAAAAUAUAUUUAAAAAAAAAAAAACAACACAAAUACAAAUACAAAUCAAUCAAUGAAUCAAUCAAAAAAAGAAAAAUUUUACCAUCAAGUAAAUUAUAUCAACCACAAAAUAAUGAUGAUAUAAUAGUAAUAUAAAUAAUAAUUCCAGUUAAAACUGUUAUUUUGCUGGUGCAAUGCAUUGACUCGAUUGAAUUGUUGAUGAUUCAAUGCAACUGGUGAUUUAUAAAUUAACAUCAUGAGAUGUUAUCAGAAUAUACUGGGAGAUAAUUAUAAAUGAGCAUUGAUUGUGUUUUAUUCGUAACAAGAUCUAUAUAAAUAAUAAAAACAAGCAGAAGAAGAAGAAGAUGAAGAUAAAGAAGAAAUAAUUAUUCAAAAGAUGAA